AACACGCAAUCAACUGGACAAUUACUAUUAUUACUUAUUAUUUUAAUCCGUUUUUAGCGUUUUUGGAGUGACCGCGGAAACUAAUUAAGAUAACUUGGAAUUUUCAUAUAUGUGUGUGUGUGUGUGUAUAACAGUCAUUAGUAGAAUGUAAAUGAGAAAAUUGUUAAAGCUCGUGUUAUCACGUGUUUAAUGCAUAGACUGGUUUAAAGCAACCGCCGUCUAUUUUUUUCUGGACUGGACUGAGCUUGAUUUUAGACUCCUGCACCCAUCAACCUGCUGACGAACAUCUAGGUUUUAUUAGACCUGUCAGUUCUUAUCAUGGGCAGUUUAUAUCUCUCAAGAGGUCGGUGUAUUCUCCGGCAGGUGUUCUUUGGCCUACCCAGCAUGCUGCAGCGGCAUUACAGCCUCGAUGUGUCAGCGCAGCUCCUGCGGACUCAAGCCUUCAUAGAAGGGCGCUGGGUCUCCGCUGCAUCCACGUUCCCCGUGUUAGAUCCAGCCACGGGAGAAGAGAUCGCGAAGGUGUCAGACUGCGGUACAAAGGAAGCUCAAGACGCGGUCAAUGCUGCAUACAAAGCGUUUCACCUGUGGAAGAAUCACACAGCCAAGGAAAGAAGCAUUUUAUUACGAAAAUGGUUUGAUCUGAUCAAUCAGCACAAGGAAGAUCUUGCCAAGUUGAUCACAGCAGAGUGUGGGAAGCCCAUGAAGGAGUCUAUCGGUGAGAUGACAUACUCUGCCUCCUUCCUGGAGUGGUUUUCUGAAGAGGCCAGACGUGUGUAUGGAGAUAUUGUCGCACCUCCAGCCAAGGACCGCAAAAUCCUGUUACUCAAGCAGCCGGUGGGAGUGGCUUCCAUCAUUACACCUUGGAAUUUCCCCAGUGCCAUGAUCACCAGGAAGGUGGGCGCAGCACUGGCGGCGGGCUGCACUGUGGUGGUGAAGCCGGCUGAGGAUACGCCUCUCUCUGCUCUGGCCCUUGCUGAGCUGUCGGUUCAGGCUGGCAUUCCUCCUGGGGUGUUUAAUGUAGUGCCCUGCUCGAGAGAAAAGACCCCUGCUGUGGGGGAGCUGCUCUGCACGGACCCUCUCGUGGCCAAAAUCUCAUUUACCGGCUCCACGGCCACUGGCAAGAUACUUCUAAGACAUGCUGCAGGAACGGUCAAAAGGGUCUCCAUGGAGUUGGGAGGACAUGCCCCCUUUAUUGUAUUUGACAGCGCUGAUGUAGAUAAAGCCGUUGCAGGAGCGAUGGUUUCCAAAUUCAGGAACUCAGGCCAGACCUGCGUGUGCUCCAACCGCUUUUUGGUACAGAGUGGGAUCCAUGAUGCUUUCAUGGAGAAGCUGGCCAAGGCUAUGGAUGCUGAACUGAAGCUUGGCCACGGCUCGGAGCCCACCACCACACAAGGGCCUCUAAUCAACACCCGCGCCGCAGAGAAGCUGGAGAACCAGAUUGCAGAUGCUGUGGCACAGGGAGCAGUCAUAGUUCGAGGUGGGAAGAGACUGGAGGGCUCCUUCAUGCAGCCCACCCUGCUGUCCAGUGUCAAAACUGACAUGCUCUGCAUGCAAGAGGAAAGCUUUGGACCCCUCAUUCCUGUUGUUAAGUUCAACACAGAACAGGAGGCACUUGCCAUUGCCAAUGCUUCUCCUGUUGGUUUAGCAGGUUACUUUUACUCCAGAGACAUCAGUCAGAUCUGGCGGGUGGCGGAACAGAUGGAAGUGGGCAUGGUUGGGGUCAACGAAGGUCUGAUCUCCACCACAGAAGCCUCAUUUGGUGGAAUCAAACAGUCUGGAAUGGGCAGAGAAGGAUCCAAAUACGGCAUCGAUGAGUAUCUAGAAAUAAAGUACAUGUGUUUGGGAGGACUCUCUCUUUAAAGACAGUGGUGACUAGAGGGCAGUAUGUAAUUUUUUUAACCAAUACUAAAACAUGAAUCAACUGUGAACCAUUCUCUUUUAAUCAUAUGUAACUGAGUAAUGACUAUACUGUCUAUAGAUAUUUGUUGCAAAAUGGGUACAAAUAGUCCUCUUUGAGAAACCAUCCAUCAUAACUGGUUGAUGUAACCUUGUUGCUCUGAAAUAAGAUCUUGAACACUAAAAAAAAAAUAUUUUUAUCACUGAAAAAUAUCUUAAGUUUAUUCUUCUUAAUUUAAUUUUAGACUGAAAACAAGACACACUAAUGUUUUUUUUGUGUGUGUGUGUGAAUUAAUUUGGCCACAAAAAAAGAAAACCCAAUUUACAAUUAAGUAAAGUAUGUAUAAAUACAGGGAUGGGGGUUAAACCGGUGAGAAAUCAAAGCACAGUCUUUCUUUAAAAAUCAUUUAAAUGUUUAACUUAUUAAGUGUUCUAUUUUUGUAAUUUUAGAAAUAGAUUAAGACUGAAACAUUGCCUGUGAUGGGAUGUUUUUGGGUGCUCAUGCUGCUGGAUAGAAACUUCUGAUUUGAGGUAUUAAAGCGUAGAGAUUAAUCAAAUUUGUCAUUGUGGCCAAAUGUUGUAAUUACAUUUUCUAUUGAUAUACCUAGUUGUAUAGUGAAGUGUUGUAUGCAUGAAAAUGUUUAUAAGUAUAUUAAUUUUCUUACCUUGGGAGUGAAAUUUUGCAGAUAAGCACAUGAAGAUACAAAGACUAAACAUACAUCUGAAAGCCAUGGUAAAGAAACAUUUCAACUUUUGCUGUUUAUUUGUGCCAUUUUUAUCACUAAUUUAAAAUUAAGUCUGAAUAUGCACACUAACACAGAAUUGCACACUGCUGUUAUUCAUGUAAACUCAAUUUUAUAAAUAUUGAACUUUUGGUUAUAAAACACUCUUAACCUUUGUAAAGGGCCAUAUGUCUUUAAUUUUUUGCAUCUCCAGCUGCAUUAAAACAAAAAAGAAUAUAGGAGAAAUACAUCUCCUUCUCACAAUGAUACAGAUGGCUUCUAUUGCAAUUCCAGCUAAAGCAGAAAUUUUUAAAAGGUUGUAAAACCAGAAAGCUAUAAAGACAAAGACCAAUGUACAGUAUCAGGGCUAAGACUGAAAUGAGUGCAUUUCAAUCAGGCACAUUAACAUUCAGAAAGUUGACUACAAAUAAAAUGUUUUGCAUAAAGAA